AUGUACAUCACCCUCUACUACAUAGUCACCUGGCUCCUUGACUCUAUACGCGUAGUCAGGGACCGCUUCCUCUCAGUCUGCCCCACCACUCUCACCGUUGACCUCCUCGAGAAGGCCCUCCUAGCGAUAGAGAAGAGCAAAGUCGCUGCAGGAGCCUCUCGUGGUGACCCUCCCACCCCCGUCUUUGAGAGGUGUUCUCCCUCCCCUGUCUUGCCCUCUGUUGCCUCUACUGCUGCAGCCGACCUCGUUGGUUUCGAGUCGGUCGGCGCUGCGUCUGCCCCGAGCGGAAGACGCCGCACCGGCAAAGGCAAGGGGGGCAAGGGCGCUGGAGGGGCUGGAGGGGGCGGUGGAGGUGGUGGUGGAGGCAGUGGAGGGAGUGGGGGUGGUGGUGGGAGUGGUGCCGGGGGUGGUGGCGGCGGCGGCAGCAGUGGAGGCGGCGGAGGCGGUGGAGGUGGAGGAGGGAGCGGAGGCGGCGGAGGUAGUGGAGGAGGCGGAGGUGGAGGAGGCGGCGGAGGCGGCGGUGGUGGAGCGGGUCGCGACUCUGCGCCGAGGAGUGGCGCCGGUGGUGGUCAGCGCCAACAACAGCAGCGGAGUGGUGUGACCCUCGUUGAGGGUGCCUAUUACCUAUGUGUACCGCCUGACCCGCGCAUCGAGGCCGCUGCUCUAGUUGCUCGUAAGGCUACUGCUCUAGGUGCUAGUGCGUCUGCUGCCCCAGGUGCUAGUGCGUCUGCUGCCCCAGGUGCUGGUGAGUCUGCUCUCUCAGGUACUAUGUACGCUCAGGCCUUCCACACCUUCACCCUAGACUCGGGUGCGUCCCGCUCCUUCUUUCGAGACCGCACCACUCUUACGCCGCUCAGUCGGCCGGUUGCAGUCUCCCUUGCAGACCCCUCUAGGGGUCCUGUCCUUGCUAGCUUCUCCACUGUCCUACCGUGCCCGGCAGCCCCCUCUGGCACCCUGUCUGGUCUCUACCUCCCAUCGUUCUCUACGAACUUGGUGAGUGGAGCGGACCUACAGGAUAGGGGGGUUGACCAGUUCACUUCUGCGAGUCAGCGAGUGACCCACUGCACAUGUGCUCGGACACGCCAACACUUGGCCACGUUCACCCGUCAGCCGGGGUCGAGCCUGUACACCCUUACUAUUGAGUCUCCUCCGGCUGCUGAGUCUACUCAGGUAGCUGCGUCGAGUUAG